AUGACACUGAAAAUGAAAUUUCUGGGAUAUAAAAAGGAGAAGAUACGACCAUUGAAUGAUGCAAAAGCUAUUGAAAGUGGGGCCAAUUUUCUCAGCGAAGCGUUUGUGUUCACGGUGGCAGCAUCUGUCAUCCUGGCUGAAAGUUGGAGAUCUAGAGCUACUGCAAAAAAUCGUCGAAAUUAUGUGGAUGAUGCGUUGGAAAACUUGGAAGGUCAAAAUAAAUCACUAACGGAACAUUUAGGACUGAAACGGCAUACUGAAUAUCAACAACAGCCCACAGUAGUUACACUUCCUGGGUUUGGCAAAGAAUAA